AAGAAAAGGGGGCCGCGGCUAGCAUAGCUACCCAGACUAAACGGGGGCAAAGCGCGAGGUCGAACUUCAACAUCAACAUGUUGAAAAAGUUGGUAAGAGACAGACUCAUCGCGGUCGCCGACGAAAUCUUCGGACUGUUUGCAGGAACGAUAACAUCGUACGAGGAGCAACUUUGUCGAGCGAGAGAGGAGAGCGAGCGACACCGACGACAACUGGAAACAGUUUGCAAGACUCAAAUUAUCAUACGCGUCGAAGACCUCCAGCAGCAGUCGGGGGGCUCCAGUUUGGAGCAGGAGCAUCCACAACCCCUCCACCUUAAAGAGGAAGAGGAGCAUCCACAACCCCUCUACAUUAAAGAGGAUGUGAAGGAUCCACAGCGCCUCCAUGUUAAGGAGGAAGAGGAGCAGGACGACGUCAGAGAGUUUCCACAGACCCGUGUUUCUGCGGAAAGUAAAGACAACAAAGAUGAUUCACUUGAGCUGUCAAAACUUCAUCAUCACAGUCCAAGUGGAGAUCAAUGUGAAGGACCACCACCACCAAAAAAUAUUUUAGCUCCACUGUCUGACAGUAACCACACUGAAGAACCUUUGAGGAGUAGCGAAGACUGUGAAGGUGACGUUAAACAAUCGCAAUGCUCUGAAAAGGAGACAAUUCCUGGCCGCAAGGAAACUUCGCAGACAUGUGAACGUUUUACCUGCUCAGUUUGUGGCAAAAGUUUUGUUAGCAAUUCAGUAUUGAUUGUCCACGUAAGAAGACACACGGGAGAAAAACCUUUUGGUUGCUCAGUUUGCGGUAAAAGAUUCAUUCAAAGGGCAAGCUUUGUAUUACAUAUGAGAACGCACACUGGAGAAAAACCCUUUCGUUGUUCUGUUUGUCAUAAAACCUUUUCUCGCAAGGAUCAUAUGGGAACACACAUGAGAACACACACGGGAGAAAAACCCUUUAGUUGUUCUGUUUGUGGUGUAAGGUUUCGUCAUAAGUCCAGUUUGAAUGUGCACAUGCGCCUACACAGCACAGAGAGAAUAAAAUAAGUUACAGUAUUCCAUUUUUGAAAUGUAUUCUUCUG